AUGUCAAUUGUAACCAAUACUCCUGUUACCGUCGCUGCUGGCUCUCGCGGUUAUCCGGAAUAUGAUCGUCAUUACAAUACGCAAAGAAUGACAGCAUUAACAAAUUCUGAAAGCAAUAGAAGAAUUGAUAUUCAAAAUUUAAUCAGCAAUGAACCAAAUACAUCUUCAGUUGAACAUCAUUAUCGUCGUUCAGAAUUAGGACAAAAUCAAUUAAAUCAAUAUCAAUAUUCUUCACAACUUCCAUUACCUCAUCAUCCUCAUCAACAUUUAAUCCCUACAUCUUCUAAGGAUAUCGAUCCAUAUAAGUUACCAACUCCUAUUACUUCACCAACAUCCAUGCCAAUCGCUUCACCCUCUCUCGCACCAAUCCAAUCUUAUAGUCCAACUAAUUCAUCACCAUCAACACCUUCCGUUGCAAGCACCAAAUCGGAUGAUCAAAAUUCAUAUAUGACAACGAUACAAACCUCAGGAAUGAUUAUGCCACUUUCUUUACAAGAACGUCGAGAAAGAAAUAAGAUUGCAUCAGCUAAAUACAGAGCAAAGAAACAUAGACAAAAUCAAGAAAUGAGUACAACUAUUGCCGAAUUAUCCGCCGAAAACAAUGUUUUAUUAAGACAACUUGAAGAAAUUAGAUCUGAAAAUUUGGAAUUAAAAGAAACCAUUGAUAAACUUAAAAGCAAAUUAGUAGAAGGAAAAAUAUUGAAACGACUAGGAAGAGGAGGUGCCAAAUUAACACUUUCACCAAGUUCAAUUGCUGAUGAUGAUUUAGAAAUAACAUCAAGUUCAUGUAUCUCUUCAUCCAUCAGAAAAAAUUCAACAAAAAGAGGAGGAUUCAGCGGUCAUGCAAAAGGAACUGGCCCUUCAAAAAAUUCUCGCAAGUAA